CACACACACACACACACACACACACACCAACAGAACACAGACACUGAUAGGAGGAGUUGCCUAGACCACUAUGUUGGAGUGUGGAUCACUUGGUGGCUGACCUGGUCCUCAAGAGACUAGAUCCACUUCUGGACAUUGCAUUAACUCUGCCAUCCAUCCAUCCAUCUUUCUCCAGUUGCCAGCUAUGCUUUCCUUCGCUGCCCUCACCCUCCGUCUAGGGUCCACGGGAUGCAGAGGAGGCAGGCGCAACCUGGCGACAGUUGUCUCGGGCAACAAGACGUCUCAGCUGGUGAGGGAAAAGUUGAAAGAGGACUUGGACAAGAUGACGGGCCAGUUCCCUGGCUUCCGGCCAGGUCUGGUAGUGUUGCAGGUGGGCGACAGAGAGGAUUCUAACCUCUACAUUAGCAUGAAGCUAAAAGCCGCAGCUGAGAUUGGAAUCAAUGCCAACCAUGUCAGACUGCCAAAGACUGCAACAGAGGAUGAGGUCCUCCGUAGAAUUGAAGAGGUCAAUGAGAACCUAGAGGUCCACGGCCUCAUUGUCCAGCUGCCCCUGGACUCUAUCAACCCCAUGGACACAGAGAAGGUGACUAAUGCCGUGGCCCCAGAAAAGGAUGUGGAUGGGCUGACCAGUAUCAACGCGGGGAAGCUCUCUCGGGGGGACCUGGGGGACUGUUUCAUCCCCUGUACUCCUAAAGGCUGCAUGAAGCUCAUUAGUCAGACAGGCAUGUCAGUGGCGGGGAAGAACGCUGUGGUGAUUGGCCGUAGCAAGAUUGUGGGAGCGCCUAUGCACGACCUGCUUCUAUGGAGCCAUGCCACCGUGACCACCUGUCAUUCCAAAACGACUGACCUGGCUGCACAAGUAGGAAGGGCAGACAUAUUGGUGGUGGGUGCAGGCAAGGCGGAGAUGGUGAAAGGCGAGUGGUUGAAGGAGGGCGCUGUGGUUAUCGACUGUGGCAUCAACCACAUCCCAGAUGACAGCAAAGCCAAUGGGAUGCGAGUGGUGGGGGACGUGCAUUACCCCUCUGCCAAGGAGAAGGCUGGGUUUAUUACCCCUGUGCCUGGGGGAGUGGGACCAAUGACCGUUGCUAUGCUCAUGGAGAACACUGUCGAGAGUGCAAAGCGCUUUCUCAAGACGUACCAGCCAGGAAAGUGGAACAUUUCCUACACCAAGCUAAAGCCACAGAAACCUCAACCCAGUGACACCGCGAUCGCACACUCCUUCACGCCAAAGACAAUUGGCCGUCUGGCCCGGGAGGUUGGCCUCUUCUCAGAGGAGGUGGAGCCCUACGGGACGACCCGAGCCAAAGUUCGUCUGGAGGCCUUGAACCGCCUCAAGACACAGCCUGAUGGGAAAUAUUUGGUGGUCACAGGGAUCACACCCACGCCACUGGGUGAGGGAACGACAACCACCACCCUGGGGUUGGCACAGGCCCUAGGGGCACACCUUCAUGUCAACAGUUUUGCCUGUGUGCGCCAACCUAGCCGGGGCUCAAACUUUGGGGUCAAAGGUGGUGCUGUUGGAGGUGGUUAUUCCCAGGUCAUUCCUAUGGAAGGGGUCAGUCUCCACCUCAGCAGUGACACACACGCUGUCAUGGCAGCCAGUAGCCUGGUGGUGGACACCGUCAAUGCACGUGUGUUAUCCGAGUCAACACAGUCAGAUAAGGCUCUCUUUGAUUGGCUGGUGCCACUGAGGGACGGUCACAGGAAGUUCUCCCUGUCCCAACUCAAUAGGCUGAAGAGACUGGGUAUAGAGAAACCAGAAACCCUGAAACCAGAGGAGAUAUACCGAUUUAUCCGUUUGGACAUUGAUCCAGAGACCAAGACGCUGAGUGGAUCUGUGGCCAGUGAGAUGAUGGCGGUGUUGGCCCUCAGUACCAGUCUGGGAGACAUGACGCGCCGCCUGGCCAGGAUGGUGGUGGCCUACAGCCGCAAGGGGAAGCCAGUCACAACAGAGGACAUGGGUAUUAGUGGAGUGUUGGCCACGUUGAUGAGAGAAGCUAUGAAGUCCAGUCUAAUGCAGACCAUGGAGGGGACACCUGUGUUUGUCCACACCUGUCCAUUGUCAGAUAUUGCCCAGGGCAACUCGUCCAUCCUGGCUGACCAGAUCGCCUUAAAGCUGGUGGGCCCAGAGGGGUUUGUGGUCACCGAGGCAGAAGGAGGUGCUGAAUUAGGCAUGGAGAAGUUCUUCGACAUCAAGUGUCGCUCUUCGGGCCUGCAUCCUGACGUGGUGGUGAUGGUGGCUUCAGUUCCUGCCCUGAAGAUGCAUGGGGGUGGACCUGCGGUCACAGCAGGUUCAGCCAUGCCGAAGGAGUACUCAACGGAGAACCUGACGUUACUGGAAAAUGGCUGCAACCACUUGAAGAGGCAGCUGGAGAAUGCCCGGGCCUUUGGCUUACCUGUCGUUGUAGCCAUCAACACCUUCAGCACCGACACCGAUGCAGAGUUGGGCCUGGUCUGUGAGCAGGCUAAACUGGCGGGGGCCUUGGAGGCAGUGCCAUGCUCACACUGGGCUGAAGGGGGUGCCGGAGCGGUGGCGCUGGGUCAGGCGGUACAGAGGGCAGCUGAGACACCACACCAGAUGAACUUCCUGUAUGACCUGGAGAUGCCCAUUGACGACAAAAUCAGAGCAAUAGCCAAGUCAAUGUAUGGAGCGGAUGAUGUGGAGCUCCUUCCUCAGGCCCAACAGAAGGUGGCGCUGUUCUCAAAACAAGGCUUGGGCAACCUGCCCAUCUGCAUGGCAAAGACCCACCUGUCCCUGUCCCACGACCCAGAGAGGAAAGGGGUGCCCACCGGCUUUACCUUGCCCAUCAGGGACAUCCAUGCCAAUUUGGGUGCUGGUUUUCUCUACCCCUUGGUUGGCACGACGAGUGUACCACCCCAAUCUCCAGCCUUCUCCUGUUUCCAUGACAACGACUUCAGCACCGAGAGCAAAUAGUCCCUGCCUCCUCUCGGAGUCGGACGUCAUUCAUGUCAAGAGGAGUGAAGAGCUCUGUCCCCUCCAACUACUGUCAGCAACAGUCAACCACAGUGCAACAGGCAACCACAUU